CCUCCUCAUCCUCAGCAUCGCUCCUCCAGUGGAUAUAAAUGUUCUCCCACACAGAGGGCUCAGGCUAAGUGUUUCUGGUUUCCUUAUCUAAAAGGAUCUCUAUCCUGCUUUAACGAGGCACUUGACCUCCCUCGGCGCUCCUCUUCUCCCUGGGUGACGCAAAAAAAGAAAGAAAAAAAAAAGUGGGCUGGCGAAGCGCUAAGUGCAGUAUAGUUUAGAGGACUAUCGGAGCACACCGAAACAUCACUCGUUUAGAGCGCCUAUGUCGGUUCAGCCGUCUCUCUCGGAUGUUAUUCCAAUGCAAAUACCUCGGCGGAGAUACCGGCAUGUGUACGGAUGUGUGUGAGAAAAAGACAACACUGACUUUUUCCUCAAACUUUAGCAACCUCCUCCAUUCAGUAAGUUGAGAGGUGGAUGAAACUUUUUUUUUAUUUUUAUUUUUUUGUGUGUUUUUUUUGUGUGAAUGAGUGUCCAGUCGCUGGCUGCCACAUCUGGACGUCGUCGGAGCUGUCAAGCCAACGUUCAGCCGGACCUUACCUGACUCCCCCCACCCCCCCCCCCCCUUCCCCCCUCCCCUCCUUUACUUUUGUCGUCCCUGAACUUUUAAGGCGGAAUACUGGACUUUAAGCUAGUGUCUCUUUUAUUUUAUUUUUAAACUUUUUUUUUCUUUUUUUCUUCUUUAUAAUUACAAGGCACAAAAUGGGACACUCAGUCCUCAGAAUAACAUGCGUCUUAAUGGUGGUUACCUGUCUCUUGGAUAAAAGGGUAGAAUCCAAUGAAAACGGCCUGAACCCCCAAUAACCAAACCUUAAUGCCACACGGUGUUUCCAUACCGGGUUUUUACGCGGCGCCAGCUGGGGUGUGAUUCGAAACCCCGCGAACGGCUUCCCGCAAUCCAGGGGUCCAAUUGCCACCCUGAGGGGCCCGCAACCCUUCCGGGGGCAAAGCUGGAACUGCUCCAAAAAUUUGGGGACCGGACAAAAUACCCUACACAGCAUAGUCUUUAAAAGAGGUUUCAGAGAGAGUGCCUUUGCGUAUGCCAUCGCAGCAGCAGGUGUGGUGCACGCAGUGGCCAACGCCUGCUCCAUGGGCAAACUGAAAGCAUGCAGCUGUGACAAGAAGCGACGUGGGGACGAGGAGGCCUUUCGCAUCAAACUGCACCGUUUGCAACUGGAGGCCAUCCACCGGGGGAAGGGUAUGGUACACGGCGUCAUGGAGCACUUCCCUGCCGACUUGCCGGGACCCCAGGAUUCCUGGGAGUGGGGCGGCUGCAGCCCUGAUGUGGAAUUUGGCGAGAAGUUCUCGAGGGACUUCUUGGAUGCACGUGAAACCUACAAGGACAUCCAUGCCCGUAUGAGACUGCAUAAUAACAGAGUUGGGAGACAGGUGGUGCUCGACCACAUGAGAAGGAAAUGCAAGUGCCACGGGACGUCAGGGAGCUGCCAGCUGAAGACCUGCUGGCAGGUCACCCCAGAGUUCAGGGUGGUCGGCUCAAUCCUCAAAGAGCGCUUCCACAUCGCCACGCUUAUCAAGGCUCACAACCGAAAUACCGGACAACUCGACCACUCCAACCACCACAACCACCAUAACCAUCACAAUCACCACCACCAUCAUCAGAACAACCACCACAAUCACCACCACCAUACGCAUCGGCGGCGGCCAAGCAUCAACGAACUGGUCUACUUUGAAAAGUCGCCAGAUUUCUGCGAGAGGGACCUGGGAUCAGACUCGGUGGGCACGCAGGGCCGGAUCUGCAACAAGACCAGCCCCGGCAUGGACAACUGUGAGAGCCUGUGCUGCGGGAGAGGCCACAACAUCCUGCAGCAGACUCGGAGUGAACGCUGCAACUGCAAGUUUCACUGGUGCUGUUACGUGGUGUGUGAAGAGUGCAGGAUUACAGAGUGGGUCAGUGUCUGUAAAUGAAGAAACACACACUAAAAGACUGUACACAAUAAAGAAAACAAAGAAAAAGAAAAAAUAAUCGACACUAUUAAUUUGAAAGGGGAAUAUGACUGUAAUAUAUUGGCCCCAUACCUUUUUGCGGUGGACUGCUUUUUUCCAGAAGAGCGAGGACAGAGCGUUUAAGCAGUUGAGCCAGCUGAAAGAUAGUGCAUGUUGAUAGAGAGUGUGCAUCCGCGGGAUAUGUCUAAAGCUGCCACAACUCAAAGAGCUUGGAUUUUUACUGGCUUCCUUUUGAGACUAAGGGACAUCGUUAUAACAGAUAAAUAUCUGAAAGCUCUGAAUAUGACAUCUGGGCAAAAACAAACAACAAAACAUUGUUGUUUCAUCAGCGUAUGUUGACUGACGUACAGCUGCAUGAGAUUCAGGUGAGCAAAGAGAAAGUUGAGAGUGAGCAGUAGAUUGCAUGCAGAAAGAAAAUAAUAUUGCUUUAUAGCACCAGCAGUAUACAAAGUGGAAAGGCUGAUAAAAAAAAUAUAUAUACCUUUUCGCACAUCAGGAUUCACAAAGCACAGGAUUUAACACAGCACAACACAACUGGAGCACUUAAGGAUAUAGUAACUUGUUUAAGGGCAGUUCAGAAGUUUCAGUGUUUAUAGCAGCUACCAUGUCAUAGACAGAAAACUCAGCAGGGGAUUGUGUGGCUCAGCUGACACUUUGUAGAUGUACCAGUCAGUGUUACUUGUAUGCAUAAUGUGUAACCCUGUUAACGGUGAUCACACCCCUCAAUAAAUACAUUCACACCAGUGGUGUAGUCUACGAAAUACGCAGGUAUACGCAGUACACCCACUAGGAAAGCUCCAGGAUUUCCAUAUACCCACUUAAACAUUGCACAAUGACAUGUAACAAAAUACUUUGCAUUAAUAUUUUGAUAUACUUUUGAAUUAUCAUCUGUUUUUUUUUUUUCUCGCAUAGGCUAAUUAAAGUUAUUUCCACCCUAAAUUGGGGCAUAAAAGUGUGUCAGAAUACAGGAAAGGAAGUCUUUGACGCUCUAAAUUUUCCUGGGGGAGGACAUCCAGACCCGUCACUAUGAUAUGGGCCCCCCAUCCUGGCCCAUUUACAGUACAGUAUACCAACUACAAUACAUUAGGCUACACCACUGAUUCACACGAGUCCCAGGACAGACUGGGCUAUUUCAAGCAGAAGGUUCCAUUAAAGGGGCAAACUGUAGCAAUGAUGAAUCAGAGUUGAUCAAAAGACACAUCUUAUAGUCUGAUUAUUGGUAAGAGUCCUUAUAUCAGACCCUUGCAACUGAGACCAUUUCCUUCCCUAUAAUACAGGGUGUUGAAAUUAAAUCCAAACAAAUUAAUUUCCAAUAGAGUAAGGACACACACUGGCCCUAAACACAAUAAGAUUCAUUUUGUGAAUCCAUUUUAAAACCAUUGAGCUUGUACAGAUGAUUUUUUUUCUUUUUUAAAGUAUAUUACAGCCUACCUAAACAGAGCACAGAUACAUUGUCCUUACUUAUCCAAGAUGCCCCAUGUGUUGUCUGUGUUGUGUUUGUUGUCUAUGUUGUGUGUGUAAGAGGGCUGCCAGAGGACAGUACACAGUAGACGGUCAUUUAAGAGCUUUUAUCUUCAGCAUGAUCUGAGCAGCAUUGUACAUAAAACUGAAAAUUUCUGCACAAAUAACACCAUCAUUUAAAUCGACAGUGCCUCAAGAAACUGAGCGCACAUGAACAGGCUUUGGUUCCUCACACUCUAAACAUCCCAAGCUGCCAUCAAUCAAAGUGUUUCCUGUUUUGUGAUGCAAUGUACUGUGUGCGACACUGUAAGCUCCUUGUGCUAUAUCCACACUCACCUUCUUCACACUUCUUCGAUGUGUGAAAAUAAGGAUAUUCUGUUAUCAACUUCAAAGUAUAUUCUAAAUAACAAAGUUAAUAUGGAAGUCUGCCUUUGCACAUUUUGAAGGUCAUAUUUGGUUUUUAAGAAACGUGUAUGAGUGUGAGGCUCCUUAUCAGACAGUGUAAUUUAUUUCAAGCAUAUGUGUUUCUGUGUUGAAAGCAGAAAAAAAGAAUCUGGAAUUGUUUCCAGUUGACCAGAUUAUUUUGAUUCUGAUAAGUAGUUUGCACAUACAGAACUGUGUCCAGGAAAACUCUGGGAGAAAUCAGCAAUAGGUAUUUUUUUUUUAUUGUCAUAAAUGUAAUGUAUGUCUGUAUUUUUAUGUUUUUACUAUGAUUAUUAUCUAAGUUAUUUUAUUUUUGUGGAUAACUUAAUAUUUGUAAGACAAUAAAGAAAGAUCAUAAUAUUGAAAGGGGCUUGAAUCAAUGUGAU